UACCGGCCCAACCUCUCUGCUCCUUACAACAAACCAUAUUCAGCAGACAUGGUUUUGCACUCCUUCUACUGGCGGUACCCGGCCUCGCAUGUCAAGCUCACCGGAGACUUUGACAACUGGGAGGGAUCCCUCGACAUGCUUCCCACCGAGGAAGGCCACUUUGUCAAGGUUGUCGAUAUCGAAGCAAACACAAAGGUCAAGUUCAAGUAUAUUGUCGACGGUAAUUGGACCGUAGACCACGGUGCACCAAAGGAGGGCGAGGGUGUACAUGAAAACAAUGUCCUUCACACAACGACAACAGCCUCCACCGAAUCGGGGACGCCCGUCGCAGCAAAAACCACCUCUGACUUUGACACCCUCCCUCCAGUAGGUGGCGCGCUUGCAUAUGCAUCAACUUCGCCCCUUAUUCCGGCAGCUGAUGAGUCGUCAAAGACCCAUGAUGAAAGCGGCCCAUCUGUCUCAGAUCCUGCUGCUCCACGAUUUGCCAGGGAUGGCGUAGCACAGAGCGAGCCCGCUGCGCUUGCAUCUUCCACUGCCAGUCCCGAGAACAGUGCAAUGAAGACCAGCGAGUCUCAGGCUGGUUCAACACCUGGCCUCGUUGCUGCGUCCGCUCCCGUUAAAGACUCCGCCGUCAACUCAGAAUCUCUUUCAGCAACAUCUGUAGAUGCGCCAACGUCCGACGCAUCCAACCUGACCUCAUCCAAGAAGUCGUCUGUAAUUCCAGUGGCCCUUGGCACCUCUGCCACUGCAGUCGGUGCCGCUGCGCUGGGUGUUGCAGGCGUUGCAACAGCAAGGAAGACGGAAGGCUCUUCUUCAAGCUCGGCAGCCGCCAAGGGUCUCGAAAGUAUUGGCGCUCAGACCACAAAGUCAGAGGGAUCUUCGCUCGAACAAACAGCCGUCAAGGCUGCCACUGCUGCUGCCAAUAAUGCUUACACAGCCAGUGGCCUUGGAGGUGUCUCUUCGACGGCUGCCUCGAACAAGGAUAUCACCGGCGGCCAAAACGUCGGCUUUACAAGCAUCGGAACUGCAGUCAACACCGCCACCGGAGUAGUGGGUACAUCGAAGCUCGUACAAUCCUCUGGUGACAGCAAGCCAGUGGAAGACACCAAGACUGCAAAGCUCAAGGACGGCGCAGCUGACCAUCUGUUGGCUGAGCACAAGAACGGUGUCAAGACAGAGCGUAUCGAUGCACACACUGUGCUCGCUGAAGUCGGGCUCGGUGGCGCCGCUAUUGGCACGGCUGUCGUUACAGAUGGCACCGUCAAAGAUGCAUCCGCAUUGCCCAUUCCCGCCGCAGCCGCUGAGCACUUGGAUCGCGCUACUUCCAAGCUGGCAGAUGUCGCUCCGCCCCUUGCAAAGGAUACUGCAACAGAUAUGGUUAAGAACGCUGGUGCUACCGAUCAGAGCAAAUUGUCCUCCGGAGUUGCCGCUCCCUCUGGCACUACAUCUACCUCUACUUCUGCUGUACCUGCUGCUGUGGUUCCUGUCACCCCCUCCGCUGACAAGGCCGCCGUUGUGGCUCCCGUAGAUACACCCAGGCCCGUCACAGCAGAUACGCAAGGGUCAAAGACUGACGCAUCGUACAAGACUGCCUCUUCCGCCAGCCCUCAGACUUUGGCUGCCGCGCCUGGCAAGACCAUGCCUUCGUCGCUUCGUGCCGACAAAGCUCAAGCACCCGAGACGACCGAGCCUAAGAAAAAGAAGGGUGGUCUGCUCAGGAAGAUGAAGUCUAUGUUCAAGAACAAGGACUAAGUGGUUUUGAACUUGCUCGUGUAUCUUACCCUGUAUUUUCGAUCGUAGAAUUAAUUGACCAAAUAAGAAUGGUGAACUGGAUAUUGCUAAAGGACAAUAUUAAUACAGAGAGGCUCUACGAAAAAGGCCGGGCGGCACAACUCAAGCACUCUGCUCGGCCGACUUCUUCUUUCGCUCCUUCUUCUUCUUCUCUGCCUUUGGUGUUUCAGCAGGUGCCUCCUGGGCAGGUGUCUUCACCUUUUUGGCACUGGGUUGCCCAUCCUUCUUGGCGGGUCGUCCUCGUUUCUUGGAAGACUUGGGAGUCGAAGGAACAUCUUGUAAAACAGAAGCGGCGGCCACAUCAUCCUCUUCAUCUUCGGCAGAGGGCGAAGUAUUUGGAGAAGAUGGUUCUGCCGCUGGCGUGGUCUUCUUGGCUGGGGCUUGCUUGGGCGCAAUGCCGUGACUCUUGUUGUAAGUGUCCAUCU